AUGAAGUACGCCAUUAUCCUCGGCAACAUCGCCACACUGGCUUGCGCGUUGCCUCAGCGCACACCUGCCUCUGGCCAGAAGCUCCCCUGGAAGGAACCUGGCAGAUGGGCCCAUGAAUGUGGCCAUAUGGCGUUCAGUGAAGAGCAGUGCGGUACUGAGUCAUACUGCAAGCUGUUCGAUGGGGUCAACAAUGACGGCGCCUUCAAGAGCUCCAAGGAGUGUCUUGAGGCUCACGAGCGGGAACCCAAAGCUGCUACGGCGCAGCUGACCCCUGCCGCCAAGCUCCCCUGGAAGGAACCUGGCAGAUGGGCCCCUGAAUGUGGCCAUAUGGCGUUCAGUGAAGAGCAGUGCGGUACUGAGUCAUACUGCAAGCUGUUCGAUGGGGUCAACAAUGACGGCGCCUUCAAGAGCUCCAAGGAGUGUCUUGAGGCUCACGAGCGGGAACCCAAAGCUGCUACGGCGCAGCUGACCCCUGCCGCCAAGCUCCCCUGGAAGGAACCUGGCAGAUGGGCCCCUGAAUGUGGCCAUAUGGCGUUCAGUGAAGAGCAGUGCGGUACUGAGUCAUACUGCAAGCUGUUCGAUGGGGUCAACAAUGACGGCGCCUUCAAGAGCUCCAAGGAGUGUCUUGAGGCUCACGAGCCAAAGCCUCUGGUCCCUGACCGCAUCGUUUUCCCGGACAACUAA